AUGAGGGAAAAUAACUUCAAUGUAGCCAAUACGUCCAAGGCCGGUGUUUUCCUGUAUAAUGCCCCGGAUGAUUUGAAAUGUUCUGAUCGCGUCAAUGAUUUUAUCAUGGCCAAGAUGACCAUGCGCGUGGGUUCAAAUCCCCCCAAUGAUAGUACAAAAGCCUCAAUCUAUAUGGAUCGGGAGUCUGCAUCCGGAAAUUUCAAAUGUGCAUAUAAUGGAUAUUAUACAAAUGGUAAAGAAUCUGGUCGGCGCUGUGUGCUAAAGCGCUUUAAGACAGGACCUGUGUAUCAUGAUGGUCCAUACAAGCAGCAACUUGAGGUAGACAAAAAGGCACAAUCUAUCAUUGAUGCAUUCAAUGCCGCAAACACGCCAUCAGAAUGGCACAGUGAUGAAGUCAAUGCUGGGAAUACUAUUCCAAUAUACCCAGUCCGCCUCAUCCCGUCGACACUUUGGACUAACAACGAGACGGGAGCCGUAAGCAUUAUAGAACCAUUUAUCGAGAAGUACCGAAAGUUCAACAGCCCCACAGGAUGGGUUCCGGGUGAUGACGAAUUUGCUGGUCCAAUUCAAGCCUUGAGUCACUUUUCCUAUCACAUAUCUGACGGCAAAAUGCUAUUGUGCGACCUUCAGGGAGGCGGAAAUGUCAAUGGAUAUACCCUCGCAGAUCCAGCCAUUGCAUCGGAUGAUCCGAAAAGGCUCUAUGGAGCGUCAGAUAUGGGACCUCGAAGUAUCAAAGAUUUCUUUAAACUUCAUGUCUGCGGGUUAUAUUGCAAUCCACAGUGGCUCAAACCUGAGGUGGUUGAAGAAAGAGAGGUACAUCCAAUUCAGCGAGGGCUCUUACCACCUUAUGACACCUAA